AUGCUGUCGCGCGCCAUCCGAGACCCCAACCCCAAGGGCUCGAGUGAGUCCCGGACACCCAGGCACGCACUCACAGCCAAGCAAACACCACCGAGCAGGCCUGAUGCCGCAUCGUCCAGUCGCCCCAGCAUAGCAGAGCAGCUCAAGGGGACGGCGGCCCGCGCGGCUGCCAGCACUGCGGAAUCUGCUCUAUCGCGCCGCUCCAUAAAUCUGCCAGGGAGGCCAGGCCAGAUCCCCGCAGCGCUGUCGGGGAGUCGAAGGACAAUCGCCUCGAUAUGUCACAACACAAGCUCCUUCGACGACGAGCCCGCCGUCUUUGGACUUUUUGACGAUGAGGCGACCGCCAAGAAAGAGCAGGCCAAGCGAGUAGCAACCUCGGUCUAUAUCGCCGACGACGACCUGAGCGACGAUGAUGCGCUAGACCUCGACUUUGAGGCACCUUCCGCUCUACCCUCCAUCCCUGCAACGAAGCCGAAUGACGUCAUCUCGGCACCUGUGGCCAGCGGCACGAGUGUGUUGUCCUGGUCUCAGUCUUCGGAUUCGCACCACCUGCCCCCGCCUCGUGAACACGAGAGCGGACUUCGGCCAGUGUCCACAAAACAGGAUGCGCGAUCCGCUACCGGCGGUCAUGAUCUGGGGCACCCAAGCCGCGGGUCCUCAGGACGUAAGGACAAACAGCUUCCGUGGGAUGCUCCUGCCAAUCUUGUCAAGACCCAGAAGAAGCAGCUCAGAGACCAGCAGAGGAAGCCAGCAGCCGCUGACCAGGAGACGAUGGUGGAUGAUAUCCAAGAGACGGUGGACGAACAUGUGCGGGCCACCACCUCUAAAAACUCGUCAAUAUCCCUGAGCAACGAACAGCGGCAUGUCAAAGGCCUCGUCUGCGAGCGCAACCUCAGUGUCUUCUUUACUGGCCCUGCCGGGACAGGAAAGUCGGUGCUUAUGAGGGCCAUCAUCUCAGACCUCAAGAAGAAGUGGGCAAAGGAUCCCGACCGCCUGGCAGUCACGGCUUCGACUGGACUAGCCGCCUGCAACAUUGGUGGCAUGACAUUGCACAGCUUUUCAGGCAUCGGUCUUGGAAAGGAGGACGCCCAAACCCUGGUCAAGAAGAUCAGGCGGAAUCCCAAGGCCAAAAACCGCUGGUUGCGGACAAAGAUUCUCAUCAUUGACGAGAUAUCCAUGGUGGAUGGCGAUCUGUUUGACAAGCUGUCGCAGAUAGGUCGCACUAUCCGCAACAACGGCCGGCCCUGGGGUGGUAUUCAGCUUGUCAUCACAGGCGACUUCUUCCAACUUCCUCCAGUUCCGGAUAGUGCCGACAAACGAGACAUCAAGUUUGCCUUCGAGGCGGCGACCUGGAAUACCUCGAUCGACCAUACAAUCGGCUUAACCGAGGUCUUCCGCCAGAAAGACCCUGAAUUUGCUAGUAUGCUCAACGAGAUGCGCCUUGGGAGGAUCAGUGACCAGACUGUCAAGAAUUUCAAGGCGCUUUGCAGGCCUCUGCAUUUCAAGGAUGGACUGGAGGUGACUGAACUCUUCCCGACGAGGUCAGAGGUGGAUGGCUCCAACAAUAGGCGACUGAAGAGUCUGCAGUCCAAACAGCAUCGGUUCGACGCGAUAGACACGGGCGACCAGCUGUUCCGCGAAAAGCUGCUUCAAAACAUGAUGGCCCCGAAGACCCUCGAGUUGCGCAAGGGCGCCCAGGUUAUGCUAAUAAAAAACAUGGACGACACUUUGGUCAAUGGGUCAUUGGGGACGGUGUCGGGCUUCAUGACCGAGGCAACCUUCCAAGCGAUUAACCCGGGCGGCGAUUACGACUCCGGCGCCGAGGACGAGGAUGACAAGGACGCCGAGGCAAGGAAGAAGCGUCUGAUGGCCUUCAGCCGCCAGCUGGAAGAGAGCGGCAGUCAGGACAACAAGGAGUAUCCCCUUGUGCGCUUCCACGCAGUGGAUGGGUCGCCACGUGUUCUUCUGUGUGUUCCAGAGGAAUGGAAGUCGGAAUUACCCACGGGCGAGGUCCAGGCUUCCCGCAAGCAAGUGCCUCUCAUUCUAGCGUGGGCCCUCUCAAUCCACAAGGCCCAGGGCCAAACGCUUGAGAGGGUCAAGGUGGACUUGGGGAAGGUUUUUGAGAAGGGCCAGGCUUAUGUCGCGCUCAGUCGCGCGACCAGUCAGAGUGGCCUGCAGGUGCUCAGGUUCGAGAAACACAAGGUUAUGGCCCACCCGCGAGUGGUGGAUUUCUACAACAAGCUGUACAGCGCCGAGAGUGCGGUUGCUGGCGGGAGGGCGGCGGCGGCGAAAGCGGCUAGGACCGGGAUGCACGGCGGCGGCUCCUCCAUGCGCGCCAUGUCUGCAACUGGGUGA